AGCGUCGGCCAGAGGGCGGUGGAUCUCCAACAUGGCCGUCUAACCAGCCGACACACCGUUGCAACACUCCACCAAGUUGACCAGUCGUAUUUCGUGGAAACGAAGGAAUUCGCACGGGGAGCCCGACGACACCUCGAUCUCAGAGACGAGCAGGCAAAGAGAAAGCAGUCAAACUGGCGCCGUUCAAGUUUCCCUUCUCAAAAAUGUCAAAGUCGCGCAGCAGCGACAAGGAGGAGCGCGAAAAGGACAAGGAAAAAGAGUUGGAGGGUAAAAUGGAGAGGGAGAAGCGACACGGGAAGGGGACAGGGAGAGACAGCGAGACGGAGGAGGAGGAGGAGGAGGAGGAGAAUCCCGAGGACGAGGAGGAGAACGCGAGGGGGCAAAACGUUCAACUGCCAAUGAGUCAACUGCAGUUGAGCAGGGGAGAAACUCAAUCCAAUAUAAACUCACCGAUAUUGGGUUCGAACAGCGUGAUGGUGAGGAACGAACAAGCGAUACCGAGUUCGCCUCCUCCUUCUUACGAGCACGUUAUCGAACAGACACGAUUGGAGCAUGCAGCCGAGGUGCAGAGGUACGAGGGUGGAAACAACCCCGGGAAUGACGCGUCUGGCGAAGAUAAUAGAACAAAAGCUCCCAAGAUCCUUCACAAGUCGAGCAAAGAGUUGUACAGAGCGGUGGCGAAACAGUGGGGCAUCACUUGCAAGAUGAGCGACCACUGCAGAUGCUUGGACUGUCAGAGCUGCUAUUUCGACUGCGAAUACGACAAGAACGAGAAUCAGAAGACUGAUGGAGGGCUCGGCGCCGGCACGCCGAUGUUCAUUUCCGAGGUGAUGCACGGUUCCGGUUGCGUGCUGUUCUAAAACACCGGAAACGGGCCUCCACGGCGACACGGUCUUUGCCGUGCUUCCGCCGAGGGCACGUGAUUGCGCACAAACCAGCCUGACUGUUUUCCUGAUGGAUCGGCAAAAAUCGGCAUGAAUCAGCGGAAACCUCGUCGUUCUAUCACGAUGAAAACCAGUCAGCUGGGAUCUUUUUUUCGUAAUCGUAGGUGGAUCUUCGCGAAUUUUUCAUUUGGAUGUUGUUCUAUUAAUCCAAGAGAUGUCCAACGUUGGAAAAUUUGGAAGAUUUCGGAAAGAAUUGGUGGGAAUUGAAAAUUUCAAUUUGACUUAUCGACACAAUUGCUGUUAAUUAAUAUUACCAUUAAUUGAGUAAUUUCGAAAAUGUUGAUUUUCCAAGUGUAAUUCGCGAAGAAAUUGAUUCCGCCUUUGAUACUUGCACACCGUGAAAUAUUUUCUUUUUUUUGAAACGAUGGCGAAUCCUCGCGAGGAUCUCGCGUCGAGAGGAUAUUUUCGAUAAUGCGAAGCGAAACGCAAAGGUUUGAAGAAAGAAGUUACUCAAAAAAAAAAAAAAAUAUCAAAAUCGGAGAGAAGGUUAAAACUUUGUCAAUUGUAUUUUACUCGUUGCAUUUUCACUCGGUGGUAGACGAUUGGCAAACGUUCGACCAAUUUGUACAAUAGAGCGUUAGUGUUAACGUAUGUAAGCGACCUCGCUGUUGAGAUUGUUCGAAAUUUAUCCACGACCGAUCGAAGCGAUAUUGAAUUCCUCGGAAUAAGUUUAGAAAAAGGUCAGUAUCUGUGCUUGGCUCAUAUAGACGAUGUAAUAUCUAAUCUAAACCCCCAGAUCUUCGAGAUGGUACUCGAUUAGCUUGAUUGUCUGGACCAAUUUUUCAAUAACGAAAUUCGUUUCGAACGUUCGAAUACUUUGCUUUAAAAAAAAAUCUUUUUUUCUUUCUUUGGGUGGAUUCGUUUCGCGCCUGGGGAAGAAACGAGAGAAAUAAACGUAAGCGUAAAUGUUAGCCACGUUGUACCUAAACAAAGUGUAUAAAAUAAUCGAAAUAUUGUCUCGAAAUCCGAAUAAUAUUGUAAAUGAUCACUUUUUGCUUAGCGUUGAAUCGACUCGCCGCAAAUUAUCCUUCAACUCGAGGAAUGAAGAAGGAAUCCUAUAGAAUUUUCUUUAAGAUAAAAACAGAAAAAGAAAAAAAAAAGAAAAAUGAAAGUUUCUCGGUCUUUCAUAAGGUUAAACGCACACGUAUUUUUAACUAACUAACUUUUACUACUAUUUACAUCUCUGGACAACGAUACAACAGGCCUAUUGUUUGAUCAUUUCUUAUAUAUCAAUUGCAAUCGAUACUUUGAAAUGAUAGGAAAAUGGAAAACCAUUCAUACGACUUUUUUCUAUAAAUCUAUAUUGUCUCCUUUUUUAAAAUUAAAAUAUUUUAUCUUUUUAUCUUUCGACGUUAACAUUUUCUCUUUUAAAUAAAAAUUAAAAAGAUUUAUAAUCUAGUUUAUUUUUUCCUAACGAGGACAUCGCAAAAAAAAAGAAAAAUUACGAAAACCUGUUUUCACUUAUUUCCAUAUAUUAGAUAAGAUAUUCUAACUAAAGGAGGACAUCACAGUGAACUCACAGAAACGUAUAAAUAGAAUAGAGUUACAUAAUUCAUCGCUUACUUACUAUAUAACAAUUAUUAUCGACCGAUAACUUUAAAUAUUCUCUAAAUAAUCGAAGGAAAGUUUGUUACAUUGAUAUUAACUUUUCACGGAGAACACGUUUUUUUUAGGAUAACAUUUACUUACGUUAUGAACGAAUGUUAAAAACGAGUGAUAUUUCCAACCGCUUUCUUUCCAACGCGGUUCGAACAGAAAUCAUAGGUUAGGUUCCACGAUAGAGAAUUAGAAAGCAGAGGAGCGAUGAAUAUCUCAUUCCUCGAGAAGGAGAUCGAAAGCUGCGUCGAUAGAACGAUUCGAUUCUUCCGAAACGCGGAAUAGCUAUAUGUGUAAUUAUCGAUUGUAAUUUACACGGAUUUCCAUAGGAAAUCGAAACUCGAAACACAUGAAAGUAUUAUAGAUCGAGCGUCGAAUACGUGUAUUCAAUGGUGUCUCGUUUGCAUAUCUUUCAUUUCGUCACUAGUUUUAUUUCUUUCGAUAUUAUUAAUUCGUUGUUGAAAAAUAUAUCGUGUAUAUGAUUUUGUUAUAUAGACAAAAAGUAGUUGAUUUGAAAAGUCGUUUUUAUUUAUUUUCCUUUCUUUUUUUCUUUUUUCUUUUCCCACCGAGAUGGAUAAGGUAUCACUCAUUUGAAUUUGCCGCCAUUUUAAAUGUAUGCCACUUUAUCUUACAUUAUAUUACAUACAUAUAUAUACACCAAAUAUAACACGAGAAACAUUCUUUCGAUUAUUGAUAUACAAUUAUAUUAUCUUUAAAACGUUUUUUAUAAAGCUGUAUAAUUAAUGACAAUCAAAAUGGCGGGAUAUUCAAAAUCGAUCAUUCGUAUAUCCAUCCUAUAUCAAUUUAAUUUUCUCUACUUAUUAAUUCAAUUUGUUCCAUUAACGUAGCGAUUUAGCGAUUCAACGUCAUCGAUUCUUUGCGAAAAUUUGAAUUGUUAAAGGCAAGCCUUCAAAAUGAUCGCGCAAUACCCAUUAUAUUGUCUUUUUUUUCGAGAAUUCUAUCCGUAACCUUGUGCUCGUUGCAAACUCGUCGAGCGAUUCAGCAGCGAGAAAGUACUAUGAACGAGGUAAAAAUCUCGACGACACGAUCGUCCACGAUGUUGAUCGAGUCAAUCUGAAACAUAAUAUAGUACCUGCCUAUACACUUGUCUUUUCAAGAUACUGUUGUUCAAUGAUACGAGUUCUUUUGUACCUCGCGUAACGAAACGAAACAAUAUAUUUCACGUUGAAGAUAGAUCGAUCCCUCCCGCCAUUGCCAAAUCUCUGUUUUUUCUAUUUGUGAGAAACAUCUUUUUCUACUUACUUACUUACUUAGAAAAUAAUCGAUUAUACAUAAUCCUUUUAUCUGAUCGCGUGGAAACGUGUUAUUCGCCUAAACGAAAAAUCGCAUUCCAUAUCGAGAAAGAUGAUGAAAGGUGUUUGUUUUUUUUUUUUUUUGAUAAACAUGCAAGAAAUGCUGCAUUUUACGUAAUCAUACGAUAAUUUAAAAAUUUAUAAAUAAGAAGUGUAGAUUAUAGGUGUUUACCAGUGCUUACGUACGUAUAUUCGGAGAAGUUAAAUUAAAAAAAAAAAUAUGGAAAUUAUGCGGUUGGUUUGAAACAAUUUAAAAGAAUAAGAGAAAUGUUUUUAAACGAUAGGUUGGAUGAAAUUAAUCAUUCUCGAAUCUAUAAUUUCCCCCGGAUCUAUAAUAUUGAAACUUUUAAUAUCAAAGUUGCGCAACGAAAUGGAAACACGGUUUCUCGCGGUAACGCGAAUAACUUGUCGCACGAAUUACAUAAUUUUCACUACUCUGCAAACUCUGGAUCGUUUCCACUCAGCAACACCUGAUCAACGCUGCACACGAUUUUCAUUUACGAUUAAUCGAAAUUCCUCGUGAAGCUUGCGUAUUAUAUUAUAUGUGUGUGCGUGGAGAGGGGCGAAGUAGAGAAUCGAAAAAAAUUGAAGAAAAAAAAAAAUAUAUGUAUGUACAUAUAAGAAGAAAAAAAAAUAAAAAAACGAACAAAAAACUGAGAAAAAGAAUAAGAUAUGUGUGCAUAGUAUUUUUCUGGGCCACGAAUUUUUCAUUAAUGUCGUCGGACCCUUGUAUGACAAACAAAAAAAAUUAUGAUAACUGAUAUUAUAAUCUCUAUUCAAGAUAUAUAUAUAUGUAACAUUAUAAAGUAUAAUUGUAUAAUGAUUAUAACAUUUAUCGGAAUACUAAACAGUUGGAUAUUAAGAUUGGAUAUUUAAGCCGAAAGAGAGGAUAUUAUUAUUGCAGAGUAAAAAAGAUGUUGAUCCAAUUUGAAGAUGAAGUCGCAAAGGAAAUUCCAAAUAUCGUAUUUUCAAACUUGUGAAACAAAGUAGGUCUUAAUGUUUAAGAUAGUAUCACGUGGAUAAGAAAAGAGAUAACAAUGGUAACAAUGGAGUAGAAUAUAUCCUUAAAACAAGAAGCUGUUGUAAAACGUCAAUUCCCUCGCAGAAAGAUAUACUAUGUAACCCAGAUACUUCUAUAAUUAGCGUGUAAGUCGCAAUUUCGAAGGCAGACGCGUGUCCGUCUGCUUGGAAUUUUUAUAUUUCAAGAUAUUUACACAUCUGACAUCGCGUCGAAUUCCAUUUCGGCGCAAAGAGAAAAGAGGAAGAGAAAAGAUUUGUUUUAUUUGGAGGAUGGCGAGAAUUCGAAAGAAAGAAGCAUAAAACUAUAUACCAUCUUGUAGUCGUUGUAACGAGAGCACACUCGCUAAUCCCUAUUUGUGUCGUGCUCGAGCGUAUAUAUAUAUACAUAUACAUGUCGUUUAUCCCGCGUAUACAUUGUAUAGAGAGUAUAAAGUGAACGAUUAUGUCUGGUGAUGCAUCGUUCCAUAGAGAAUAUUGACUGUAAAACUCGAUGUAUUCUGGUAUGUUCGCACCAAUAAAAAGUGGCCUAAAGGAA